UGUAAAUAUGACAUUUUAACUUAUGCUAUUCUGAGAAUAUAAUGUGUGCUAUUAUCAACGUCGUUUCUUCAAUGUGAAUUUCUUAAAUACUAUGUUAACGUUAAAUUAGUGUAGACUUUUCUCAUUUUUCCAUUCAUAAAUUUUGAUUUGAAUGCGAUUUGGCGGCUAUUUCUACGAGCUUGGACGACUUCUGUCAUGAAGAAAGUCUUUCUCAGCAGACAUGAAGACAAGAAACCCUCCUUCCAAGGCAAUCUUAAAUUCUCAGAAAGUUCGUCCAGAGACGCAUAAAUUAACGGAAAAUAUGGUUGCAGAUUCCAAAACGGAUUCUGUUUCCAGCCUCGUGAGAGCUGUGCUUGUGAAAGCAUGGCGAGAGCGAUGGAAUGAAAUAAGAUGGGGAGUUUGCUUGAAACGAGUUCUCGCUAGCUACCCUGAAGAAAACUGUGACCUUGCUGAAAUACUACUACAGCAAGCUUUAGUUGGUACGAGCCCAAACACUUUGGUUAUGUCUUACCUCCGUCAUGCUAUCAGUUCUCAACUCAUCACUCACAACGUAGCCUACCGAAAUAUUACAAAAUUUGAAGACUUCAAUCGACCUUACUGUAUUCUUGGUUUAGUGGAACUGGUUGAGAGUGUAACAGUAAAGUUUAGUUUUGCUUGUACUGCUGACUCUCCUCUGGUUUUAUCACGUUCAUUACAAAAGCUACUUCAUUGGUUGCUACUUUGUAUAUUAAAAUCUUUACAAAGACUUGCUGAAGGUAGACAAACCCAAGAACAUAUCACCAUUAUAGACCGAACGUGUACUGCUAUCCAGAAGAUAAUGCAAGGAGGUCCUAUAUGGGCAUUGUUAUACAUUGCCAGAUCUGAAGAUAAUGAGACUUACAGAGAAUUUGAACAGACAGAAGUGAAUGUCCGAGGAACAGUUACACAAUUACAACAAAAUGUCAUAUCAAUCCAGCAACGAGAGAAAGUUAUAGAAACAUUACUGGUUCUUGGCGGUCAAGAAAUGCAAAAUUCUUCAGAUAAAGCAGUUUUAGAAGUCAGUCAUUUAACAGUUUGUCCAACAGUAAAUGCAUUGGUAGCUCUUGAAGCUGUUCUAAACCCAACAAAUGAUGUACAACCAUUCCUGGAACAGCUGCUUGUUAUAGAGAAACUUGCAAAACUUAAUCGUGCCAAGUUAUACUGUGAAUUAAUGCGAGCCUGCUUUAUGGGAUUAAUCGAUUCCAAUGGCGGCCAAGAGGAACUGAAAUGGGCAGCAUUUACUUUCUUAAAACUCCCGCAGGUUUUAUUGCGGAUUCAACGGCAAUCGCCCGGCCAGGACUUUUCUCAUGAACUUGAAUUGGGUUUUGAUAGACUAUUAAGCUAUGUACCUUUGUUGGAUGUCACAGAUUUACGGCUUAACUGUGACUGUGUUACGUUUUUGUUGAAGGAGUGCCAGAAGUAUUCCUUGCUAACUGAAAUACAGGGCUCUAAAUUGCAGCAACGCAGGUUAGUUUCUGUGGCCAGUAAACUCCAUCUUUCACUUACCGUCUCUCUACACCCCCCUGUUGAGCUAGGGACUGAUGUUAUGCAGCCUGCACCGUUAUUGAGUUCAAUAAACUCGGAAACACAAAAACCUAGAUCAUCAGAUGCUGUUUCAAACACACAACCCAGUGUUAGUUUGAUUCUACGAGCUGAGCCUACAGUCACAAGUAUUCUCAAGUUUACUGGUUCCCCUCAUAAUAUGACGACUGUAGAAGAUGUGCAUUCAACAUUAGAUGCUGAUUACUCAAAAAACCAAGAACCUCUUCUUGGAGUAUUAUCACAUAUGCUCUCUGGGAAAAGUUUUGAACUAAUUCUUGCAGCUGCUGCUGCCACUGGAAAGCUGCAAAGCUUUGCUAUCAAGCUAGUCAAGUUUAAUGAAUUUGCACGUCAAGCAACUGGUGAGGGUGGAAAAGCAGCCAAUACAAGAGCUUUGUUGUUUGACAUUUCUUUCUUAAUGUUAUGUCACAUAGCACAACUUUAUGGUGCCGAGAUAAUUACUUCAAGUCCUGAUUGCUCGGAGUCUUUCUUUGCUCAAUGGUCAAUGAAAUGUCUGCCAGAAGAUGGUAAAUACAAAUGUAUAGAGAAUAGCAGUCCUAGUGACCAACACAAAGUUGACUUGCUUUUAAACCAGUUUACAAAUGGAGGGGAACAUAAAAACAGUAUGGCUCGCUGGCACGAAAUCUGUAUGAAUGCUCCAUUUGCAAUGCAAGAAGUUCUGUUUGCAUGGGAACAUGGUGCUUUAUCUGCUGAUAACGUUAAGAAUAUAUUAGAUUGUGUAAAGAAAAAGAUGUGCUGUCUACCCGUCGUAGUAUCAGCCUGGUUAUGUAGUUACAUGAACACAGUUGGUGAAGAAGCUCGAUCAAAACCACAUAACAUGCUUGAACAACUCAGUCGUGUUAAUCCAGAUUCCCAAGGACAAUAUCCAUCAGAAAAUUAUCAUGAAAGGUCUCAUCUUAUGAGUAUAAUUUUGUGCAAAAUGAGUAAUGAUAUUUUACCUGCCUCAAGACGCUCAACUGCUCAGCAGUAUAUUCCCCCAAAGGCUCUACCUGGCAAAGUCAUGGAUCAGACGACACAAGCCAUAUUUGAAAAAGGCUGGGUAGAUUUACGGAGUCUACAUGCUUUAGAACAAUUAUUAAAUUUAUGUGGGUCUGACUGGUUUAGUGAUAGGCUUGUUGCAAUGAUGCUAGCUGGUAAUCGGCUUGAAGAUUUAUCCUUAUCUCUUAGUUUAUCAUUUGCUCUUUGCCACAUGGACCUUGAGAAUAUCAGCUUAAGUCUGCUGUUACACACUCUUCCCAACAUACUGAGUUCCCGACAUAAAAUGCAUAUGCUCGUCAAUCCCCGAGGUGCAAUGUUAGCAAAACUAUGUGUUAUGUGCAUUGUAGGAGCUCAGAUGGCAAAAUCAAAUAGUAAAGAUUCAUUCCAUUACACUAAAAGAGGACGAAAACGCCCAUUCCAUGAAGUAGACUGGGAGGAACCUGAAGAUGAAAAUAGAAAAAACAAAAUGCGUAAAGUUCAUGAACCUCAAAUUACACUCGACUCAGAAGGUUUUAAUUUGGAUUUCAUUACUGCCAAAGAAGAAGGUGAACCAUCACCACCCUAUGAUACUAAAGAUCCUUUGAACAAAGCAGUCUUGAAUCUCAUGAGGAUGAUGAACUCACUCUUACAUAGCAGUAUAAUCAGCCCUCGAACUGGUUUUGUAGCUGCACUUAUUGAAGAAGCAGUACGAUGUGGCAGGCAAUAUUCUCGUCUUAUUCUUCAAUUCAUGCCUCAAGGAAUGGUUACUCAGUUAUUAAAAUGUUUACCAGGAUCUCUAACAAAUCAACAAAUUCUCUCUAUAUGUGAUUUAUCCACCACUGUGGGACGUAAAGUAGCAGCUAAAGCAAUAUACCAAAAUGCACAGAUGAAAAAAGUAUAAAAUAACAUUUCUUUUUUUUUUUUUUUUUAUAAAUAAAAUUAUAAAUAAUU